AUGCUGCGACUCAACCAACGCAAACUUCCUUACGUACUUACAGGGAUCGAGAUCGAUUGGCGUGCUCACGUGGGCGAGAAAGAUAAUCGCGAGUCAAGCCACCGUCAAGCAAUUGGCCCGUUCUCAUUUCUCCUCAUCCUACCUGGCGCAAAACGCACUGGGGCUUUGCACCAGCAAGCUCUCGAGUAUAUAUCGACUAUCCAACAAAAUGUAUCCAAUACCUGGAGGCUCGCUUUGGCCAUAUUCAUUGACGUCGGUCCCAACGGUGGCAGAAAGUAUCCUCCACAAGCGCGAUUUUUUGCACUGCGUGUCUUAGACGAUUUCUUGGAGAACAGGCGAACCUUGCAACAAGCUCUCGUAUCUUAUAUUCAGUCGGAGUAUAUCUAUGGUUCUGCGGAGGCAGAUGCGACAUUUUUACGCAACAAGUUCGCUCAUACACUAACAUUGUUCUUCUUGUGUACAUACAUCGAACAGUGGCCCACCUUCUUCAUCGACUUCUUUACUCUCGUCCAGCCUGCAGAGUCCACCUCGGAGUCUACGUUCAACCCUCACGUCUCCCUUCUCUUCUUCCACAUCAUUCUCGAGAUAUCUGGUGAGGUAGCAGAUCAAAUCGUCAAAGCGGCACGACAAUAUAAUAUGUCGCGGCAGAACCGCGAUGCACGUGUUCGAGAUGCAGUACGAGAGCGGGAUGCAGGGCGCAUCAAUGAAGCUGUCUUAACUAUCAUUGCGGAUGCAGUGGAAAGGAUGACGAGGCUGCGGAAAGGGGCAGUGGCUUCCAGUUCAGAACGGGAAUUGGACAAUGCAGUCGAAGUGGUAGAUUGGGGCGUCCGGACCUUUGCAUCCUACGUCGGCUGGAUCGAUAUCAACUUGACCGUGACGCCAACAACGGUGCCUCUCCUCUUCAAUCUCCUUUCUGAUCCAUCAUUACCUAUCCGCUUGGCUACAUGCGCAGCACUGCUCCGCAUAGUUUCGAAGGGUCUCAAGGAGCCAGGAGACAAACUUCAGCUCAUCAAAGUCCUGUCUCUUGGUCAAGUGCUUGAUGCGCUUGAAGAAAAGACGAAAGCGGACCAGACAAGUCGUGGCGAAGAUGCUGAUGAAGGCGAGGAGUCUUACCGCGAAGCUCUAGGAAAACUCCUGAAUGCUUUUGGCCUUGAAUUGUGUAAAUUGGCUGAUGAAUGUCCGAACGCAGAUGUUCGGUCUGAAGCUUCAAGGCUACUGCAUCAAAUCUUACCAGUGAUGUUGCGCUUCAUGGCAGAUGCGUACGACGACACAUGUUCGACUAUUUUCACACUGUUGCAGACUAUCCUGUCUAGCUAUAAGCGUAUCCGGAAAACUUCUGCAGAACCUUUGGAUGACUCUAAGCGCUCAUUCAUAACCUCAUUACUUGCUGUGAUCCUCGAGAAGUUGAAGUGGGACAAGGAUGCGGAUCCUGAAGACAUGGAUGAAGACGAUAAAUCUGCUUUUGAGGAUUUACGCAAGGAUUUGCGAACAUUCAUGGAUUCAGCCUUCGUAAUAGACCAGACACUGGUAACAGAGGCGACGAGAACUCUGGCUCUGAAUACAUUGACUGCGUAUCAAAACGGCGUGCCAAUCGAGUGGAAUGACGCGGAGCUUGCUGUAUAUUUGGUAUAUAUCUUCGGCGAGAUCAACAAGACCGGAGGUAAGGGCCGGGCUGCGUUCUGUCAAGCCCCUGCUACCGCAAAGGAAAAGAGAAAGGAGACGGACUACUCAGAGUAUCCUCUCACAAGCCACGGAGAGAUGCUUUACGCUCUCGUACAAUCCGGGAUCUCAGGCUACCCUCAUAAAACUGUUGUUAUGCAAUUCUUUGAGACCACUGCGCGUUACGUGGAUUUUUUCAAGGUCCGCAAGGAGUGCAUCUUGUCCACACUCCAAGCCAUGAUGGAUACCAGAGGUCUCCAUAACUCCGAGACAGGCCUCCGCUCACGAGUCUUCUACUUAUUCUAUCGCUUCAUCAAGGACGAUCGAAACGAUAUCAGCCCCGAGCUGGCCCUAUCCUUACUCGAAGGCAUGCGCGACUUGUUGGUGAUUAUUGUAGAGCUGCCUGAGCUGGAAGAUCCUCAGCAACAGGACCUCCUUACAGAAGCCGUCAAGAAUCCUGGGAUAUUUGAUGCACAGCUCUACCUGUUCGAAACAGCGGGUACCCUUGUGUCGCUGUUGUACAAAACACCUGACCAGGCCACGGCACUACUUCUAACUAUUGUAAAGCCUUUGCUAGAGGAUUUAUCAACCAAUUUGCAAGCAAUCAAAGGUGCAAAUGAUGUUUUGCCUAUACUGAAGGUUCAUCAUAUCAUCAUGGCCCUUGGAAACAUUGCCAAAGGCUUUCCAGAUUAUCCUUCCCCUGUUCCUGAAGGAUAUGUCUCACCUCCUCUGGGCGUGUUCACCGAGGUGGCACAAGCAAUCCUCGUAUCUCUGGAGGCCAUGAAUACGUUCAAGGUUGUGCGAGAUGCGACACGUUUUGCAUUCGCUCGCAUCCUUGCUACAACUGGCCCUAGUGUGACACAUCUCAUUCCAUCUUUGAUGGCCAACCUCCUUGCCCACUUUGAGCCCUCGGAGCUGAUCGAUUUCAUGAACUUCAUCAGUCUUCUCAUGCACAAGUUGCAGCAGGACAUGUUCGACGUACUUGAUCAGCUGAUUGGGCCGUUGAGUGCACAUGUCAAUGGUCUUUUAUCUCAGCAAGUGACGGGGACAGAUGACCAAGUGGUGCACGUUGACACCAAGAAGGCUUAUCUUACAUUCUUGAACAACGUCAUGUCUUCAAAGCUUCACGGCAUCUUUACCUCAGAGCGCAACAAAGGCCAGUUGGAAGGUUUGCUGGCUGAUAUGCAACGAUUAACUGAGGACAUGGCCGAUCCGGGGGGGCAAAAGGCUGCGUUCAUCUUCCUUGGUCGCUGUGUCACGGCGUGGACACAACGGAUCACCGACGGAGACUCGCAGAUACCACUACCAGCACUGCCUGGUUUUGAACGCUUCAUCUACGAGCGAUUGAUCCCGACCGCAUUUGCGAUUCUUUCAUCUCCGCGGUUCGAUGUCAAGGACGGGCAGGGAGUUAUGGUCCUUCACGAAAUAUGUAAUUUCUUCCAGAUUGUGUCGAAGACGAGAGGGCAAGAGGCGUUCGACUUCUUCGUCAACGUUUUCCUUCCUGCUCAGAAUUGGCCACGAGAUACCGCGCUUGAAUUCGCGACCAAGAUGAGAGACUUGGACGCCAAAACUUUCAGGAAGUACUUCACGGACUUCGUGCGCGCCUCCCGUGCAGGCUCAUAG